UGCACUUGCAUCGCCUGUUAACUGACAGAGAAACUGAACAAUUUCAUCUACCAAAAUGCUCCGGAUUUGCAAAAAAUACAUCCAGAGAGAAGGCUCUAAAAUAACGUCUGUGAUAGUCGGAGCUCUUCUAUUGGUGACUCUGUUUUAUUAUUUUAAAGAUUUCUCUGAUUCAAAUCCCAAACCUCUUCAAGUCGAUGUCAGCAACAAUAGACGUUACAUAAAAUCCUCAAGCAAAAGUUUGCCACAUGACCACCCCUCUCCAAAAUGUGAAAAAAACACAUCUGCUGAACAUGUCAAGAACUUCAUCUCACUUCCUGCUAUCAUUAAAGACAUUCUCUACUACCGCCACUGUCGACAUUUUCCCAUGCUACUUGACAUCCCUGACAAAUGUGGUGGGGCUAGUGAAUCAUCUGAUGUCUUCCUUCUACUGGUCAUCAAAAGUUCUGCCGUCAACUAUGACAGGAGGGAGGUGCUGCGAAAGACCUGGGCAAAGGAGAGAUUGUCUAAUGGAGUGUGGAUCCGAAGAAUCUUCAUCUCAGGAACAAUGGGUACCGGUUAUGAAAAGAAAAAACUGAACUAUCUUCUGAAGCUGGAGCAGAGCAAGUACAAUGACAUUCUCCAGUGGGAUUUCAAAGACUCAUUUUACAACCUCACAUUGAAGCAAAUACUCUUUUUGGAGUGGAUGGAGAGAAACUGCCCAUACACUAACUUCCUGUUUAAUGGUGACGAUGAUGUCUUUGCCAACACAGAUAACAUGGUUUUGUAUCUCCAAAACUUUAAACGUAUUGGUGCAAGGAAACACCUUUUUGCUGGCCAUCUGAUCUACAAUGUGGGACCCAUUCGCAAUCCACAAAGUAAAUACUAUGUUCCAAAGCAGCUCUAUGAGUCUGAGUUAUACCCUGCUUACUGUGGUGGUGGGGGCUUCCUUCUGUCUGGUUACACAGCUUUGGUCAUAUAUAUCAAGUCAUACUCCAUCCCUAUUCUUCCUAUUGAUGACGUGUACAUGGGGAUGUGCUUGGCCAAGGCAGGGCUUCGCCCAGAGCAUCAUCUUGGUGUGAGAACAGCAGGACUGUAUGUUCCUGGCAAAAAUGUUGAUGUACUUGAUCCUUGCUUUUAUAAAGAAAUGCUUCUUGUUCACAGAAUGCUCUCAGGUGACAUGUAUACUAUGUGGCACAGAAUUCAAGAUCCAGAUCUUGAGUGUGCCACUUCAGAAUCAGGUAAAUAUUUGAACCAGUUCUGGCUGUGAGUUUUAAACCACAGAGCCAAUGCUUGAAUGUUGCAUCUACUUGCAUUUCUCUAGAAGGAUGACAGCGUAGUUUAUUUUGUCAAUUGCGUUAAACACUUAUACUGCUGAAUGUUCAUCAAUUAUUUGAGUUUCUUCAGUAUACAUGGGUUUUCAUUGUAGCUUAGGAGUAUUUUUAUCCUUGCAUUUAUUGUAAAGCAUUUUGUGAAAGGUGGUAAAUAAAUUAAGCUUACUUACUUGCUUACUAAUUAAAAUUGGUUAAAACUUAGAGUUUGCGGAGACAUAAAAAUAACUUAUUUGACAAAUGUUACUAACCAACAUGCUGUUAUGGAGAAAAAAACAUUUACAAUGGUUGGCAGAGUUUAGGGCUUUGUUACAUAUACAGAAUGUAAAGUAUGAUGUAUUUCAAAAUUCUUAAU